AUGGCCGCCGCGGCUAGUCCAACACUACUAGUGUUACUAUUACUACUACUCCACAACUUCCCCUCAUCUCCCUCCGCCGCCUCCCCCACCGCACGACGUCUCCUGGCCGCCGACGACCAGGACGUCCAGUACUUCCCCGACGCCGCGGUAUCCGCCGGCCCGCCGGUUCCUAUCCUGGACAUCGAGGGCAAGACCGUCAAAGCCGGGGGCAGCUACUACAUCAUCCCGGCCAACACCACCACGCAUGCCGGCGGCGUGGGGAUGAGCAGCCUAUCAGCCACCUCCACGUGUCCGCUCUCCGUGAUCCAGGACCGGCACGCGGACUCCAACGGCUCCCCGCUCUCAUUCCUCCCCGUGGCCACGAAGCUCGGCUACAUCGUCCGCACCUCCACGGACUUGAACAUCGAGUUCACCACGACCGACGCGUGCGAGGAAGGCGGGGUGUGGAAGGUGGAGGAGUACGACGAUGACGUGGAGCAGUGGUUUGUGGGGACCGGCGGGGUGGAAGGGAAGCCAGGGGCGAGGACGGUGGAGGAUUGGUUCAAGAUCGUCAAGUACGGAGUUAAUAAUUACAACUACAAGCUGGUGCACUGUCCGGGCGUGUGCAAGUCUUGCAAGAUCAAGUGUAAGGACGUCGGGGUGUUCGUUGACGAGAAUGGGGUCAGAAGGCUUGCUCUCACCGAAGACCGCCCUUUUGUGGUCAAGUUCAUGAGGGCUGAUAUAUAG